AAGUGAUACUGAAAACUUCAAAGCAUAAGCAACAAGCAAACCACAAGAAACAACCUUUUUGCAAUGGCCUCUGUUCAGUGCUAUAAAAUCUGUGAACAAAGCUGCCAACAACACAAAACCCAGCAGCAACAUGGUUCCUUAGGACAGAAGGUAACUGACUUGUUCAAAGGGCACCCCAAUGAGGGAACACAAACCCAAUACUGUAGCAAGAAAACUGAGGUGAUUUCUCAGUCAGGAAAUUUAGUUUCCAAAAGUGAAACUAAAAAAUGCAACCAAACAUUCAACAACAGUGGUGCUUCUAGUACCACCGUGAAAUGCCAGGGGAGAAAUAGGAGGCAGCACAAGAGAAACAACUUGUUCCAGAAGAUCAAGGAUGGCAUAUCAGGUCACAGCAGUGACAGUAGCAGUGAUGAGAGUGACAGUGACAAUGAACAUUGUCACAACAGGAAGAACUGAAUUUGAGGAGAAGCUGUACUAAUAAUAAGUUGGAGUUUGAGGAUCAGUAUAUGCAACUGGGAGUCCAAUAUAUUGUGUGAUUGUUGGCCAGUAUGAAUAAGUAGCUACAUUAAAGUAUAAAAUUGUAACAAAAAAACCAAUCAAAAGUAUCUUAAAAAUAAAAAAUGAAUGUAAUUUGAUGUAUGAAAUUAAGCCAAUGUAGUUUGGUUAUGGUGCAAGUUUACCAAUAACAAAUGCAUGUACUGUGAUCGAAGUAAGAUCGAUACUCCUACAUAUUAUAUAUAUAUAUAUGAAUAAAACUGUUUGGUGUGUGGUUAAAA